GGAUAAUUUCCCUUCUCUGCAAAGGCCAGGCAUUUAGUCCACAUGGGCCAGGAGGGACGGGGAGCAGCCCGAGGGCAGAUGGCCACCACAGAAGAGCAAGCCACUGUCCCCAGCCUGAACGAAUUCCCUGAGACUAAAGACGGCCACUGAGCUCCUGCACCAACAGGACCCAGGUAUCCUGCCUUCAGCCUGGAGCCUGACACUUCAUCCUACAGCAGAUCUAGGCCUGCAGAGGCGACGCCAUGGGGCUGAAGCCCUCCUGUCUGAAAGGCUUUAAGAUGUGUGUCAGCAGCAGCAGCAACCAUGAUGAGGCCCCCGUGCUGAGCGACAAGCACCUGAGCGUGCCCAACAUCAUCAUCACCCCCCCAACCCCGACGGGUGUGGGGCUUUCCCGGGAUUCCAGCAAGCAAGUCUGGAUGGAUGAGCUGGGGUCUUAUCAAGAUGACGGAGAGCUGGAACCUGAAGCCUGAGAAGUUACCACUCCGUGAGACCUGUGUGGUGGUGACCCCCGCUGCCCAUAGCCCAGGGUGUUGGGGACAUGGCUACCUGAGCAGCUGGAUGGGGACAGCGAAUUGCGCCCUGGACCAAGGCAGGGAUGACCAGAAGAGCACAGCAAGUUGCUGGCCCCAGCGGAGCGGAUAUCUGUGGCCUCCUGCGUCUGCACCAACCCAGACCCCGGCUUGGUGAAGAGGAGGCCAUCCUGCCCUACGGUCACCGUGACCGUGGACCUCAGGACCCCAGAGCACAAGGACUUCUCGCCAGAGCAGGGCCUCUGUUUUUUACAAGUUGUUUUACAGGUAUGGAACCUACAUCCUGAGCGGGAUUUAUAAAUAAAGCUCCUUUGUGAC